GAGGAAAAAACGAAGUUGGGAGGGAAGUCGCAGCAUUUGCGAUUUUAUACUGCACAAGUAGAGAGAGAAAGAAACACAAGAAAAGCUAGAAGGAAAGAAUGUGGUGGAAGGACAAGAGUCCCGGCGUAAAGAUACUUUGGCUCUGGACCUUGGGCACUGCCGCCAUUUUGGUUACCAAUGUUGCGAGGACUAGAAUGAGAGACAUGGAGAAGAUCAUGAAUCCCCAAGCAGAAGAACCCACUAGCGUCGACUCUGCAGUAACAGACACUUCACCCACUUCCCCUGAUGUCAUUGGAGACCAGAAAUCAUCAGAGGCGGUUUGAAUCCCAUUGCCCCCACUUCACUUCUUAGUUCCUAUUGUCUUUUACCCUCAAGUUUCUCAGUCUCACUUUUGUCAAGAUUUCAUUGCGGUAGUUGCUUUAUGGAAUGGAAUUGAGCUACUCACGUCACGGGCUACAUGGGUUUUGUGGUUUGUGUUGAUGGAGGGGUUAAUUGCGUGAAUGGGACAUGAAUAAUUGCGUACUACCUGUUUGUUGAAUGGCCUGAAUGAUAUAUAGUUUUUCGCUA